AUGGACCAAAGAAGCGAGCAUCGUAAUUGGGAAGACUCAAGUUGGCCACGACAGAAAAGUUUAGAGGUAGGAAAUGGCCAGGAUCAGCCUCGAAAACGACGAAAAAUUGCGCUCGCCUGCGACCAAUGCCGUAUUCGCAAAUCGAGAUGCGACGGCAUCAAACCCGUAUGUGGCGAAUGUUCUCAACGAGGUAAUCGCCCAGAUCCGUGUAGGUAUAAGACACCCAGUCAAAAAGACCCCGCCCAAGACGAGCAGAUCAGAAAUCUCCUGGAGCGUGUUCGAGAGCUGGAGCAUCGUGAAAGCCUGUAUCUACAAGGUCGGGAUCUCGAUCUGAAUCGGCCAGAUGAGGGGCGGACGGACUCUGCACCAGAAAAUCAACAAGCCUUUCGUGGCGUCGAGUCUGAUGUACGGGUAAAGGAAGCGUCAGUGCUUUCGAGCACGCUUUCUUCAAUGGUGCCACCGCCGGAUGUACCGCAAAGCGCCCCAGAAGAAGUCAGUCCUGUGGACGCAAUGGGCGCCAAUUCCACCAUCGAUCCCCCCGAGCAGGAAAAUGACGACCGGUACUAUGGAAGCUCAUCGGCAGUAUCUUUCAUGCAUCAAGUCUACAAAACCAUUCUGAAUGGAAUUCCUCUCACAGGAACAAACUCUGCAAACCGGAACACCGCCAGACAACCGCCAACCCAAGGGGGAGAGAAAUUUUGGACACUCCGGCGGAUGGAACACCUGUCACUGCUACCACGUCCUUUAAUGGAUAGAGCACUGGACUGCUACUGGGCGCGCAUAUAUCACUUGUAUCCCUUCAUCCACAAGCGAACAUUUAUGCGGGCUUACGAGCAACUCUGGAUAUCUCAACCGGCGGACACAGAACUUCAAACUCCUGGUGCGGCACUAGGAGGUUCUGUCGAAUAUGGCCCGAACAGCAUCGUCUUCCAUUGUGCGUUGAACAUGAUGCUCGCAUUGGCAACUCAAUUUAUGGACACUCCUCUCGAAGACCGUCGAAGACUUGGAGAUCUUUUCGCUGAAAAGGCACGAAAUCUCUGCCAGCUUGAUCUCUUCGACGAUGGCUCCCUGGCCGUAAUCCAAACCCUGCUCCUUAUGACUCAGUAUCUGCAGUCGACUCCUUUUCCUAACAGAUGCUGGAAUUGCAUUGGGAUUGCCUGCAGAAUGGCACAAGGCCUGGGCCUUUACGUCGAGAACUCACAGUCGAUGAAACGAUUCAGUCCACUUGAGAUCGAGAUGCGUCGCCGAGUUUGGUACGGUUGUGUCAUUCUCGAUGCCGUUGUCAGCAUGACCUUGGGUCGACCACUGAUGCUCGACAAAUAUCAGCAGAUACCUCUCCCCAGGGCUAUUGAUGACGAGUAUCUCGCUGAUCCAGACAGUCAACCAGCUGGUCACAUUUCCUGGGUUCAUUUCUAUGUCCAAUCCAUCAAGCUGUAUGGCAUGCUCGCGGAUGUCAUCUCACAAAUGUAUGCGAACACAGCAGCGAAGCCAACAGAGUCUCUGGGGUUCAAUGACAAGGGCCUAGGGUCUAGCAGCUCCGCCUUUAUUCUCGAGAUGGAUUCUGCCAUAUCCGAAUUCGAAAGACAGAUCCCAGAUCAUCUUCACUGGGAUAGGAGGGAGUCACUCCCGGCGAAUGUGAAGGCAGUCAACGUGUUUGCCCAGCAGUCGUCGGUCUUACUCGUCCGAUUUCUCCACCUUCGCAUCCUUCUCUAUCGACCCGCCUUCACUCGAUAUUGUCAGCAUAUAUGUGCGCAGGAAGCCGUGAAACAUUCUGAGCAAGAAGCUCCUCACCAUGUCACGGACGUAUCCCUCGUCGUCGCACGGGGACUAUCCAUGGCAUGUGUCGAGAAUUCCAUCCGAUUGAUUGAGCAGGUCCAUCUCCGGUCAACAACCACCGCCACAGGAGCUUGGUGGUACAAUCUUUUCUAUGCCCGGACAGCAGGCAUUGUUGUUCUUCUCGCAAUGGUCUGUGAUUCAAUCGUCCGUUCCAUCGGUUGGACUAAAUUGACCGACGCCUGGAUCAAAUGUAAAACAGCACUUUCAUCCCUCCAGAUAUUCAGUUUGACCGUAGUGCGGUGUCUCCGAGGCCUGGAAAGGCUGCAUCACCAUAUCCUGAACUUCAGAAAUGGGUCGGGACCUGUGGCAGGCAUGGAUUCAAAUAUCGGCCUGAACGGCUUCAACACUGCCGGCCAGCAGAAUUCCACCAAGCAGACACUUGAUGAUGGUCACGAUCAAUUUUUCGUUCCAAUCGCCCAGGAUUGGUUCGGCGAUGAUGGCGAUUUUGACUGGCCAAAUGACCUUGAGGCAUCCAUGCUCGACAAUAUCUUCUCCUUGGAAGUCAUCAACCCGUAA